UGUACUGAGAGUCAAGAAUUGAAGUACAUGUAAGUGUAUCGCUACACGGCAUUUUUUCUCCACCAAAACAUCUGUUCUGAAGCGUUCUUGAGAAACAACUGUCAAGAAAUUAAGGGGUAGAUUUCCCCCUGAUUGUUGGGGCAUCAUUAUGUAUCCACCACAGGAUCAGCCUCCCCCGUAUAAUCCAAAUUAUCCUGAUUAUAACCAACAACAAGCGUACCACCAGCACGGCUACCCACCACCGGCUCAGCAAGCACCGCAACAGCAGCAAGGCGGCUACCCAGGGCAAGGCCCUAAACCCGGCCACGGAGGGCGGAGUAGGGCCGGUGAUCCGAGACGCGCACAACAGGCUCAGCCUAAACAAGGGCAAGGGCAAAGCAGGAACCCACAGCCCAAACAGCAGCAGCAGCAGAGGCAAGCACAGCCCAAGCCCAAAGGAGGUCGCACCCGCCCAGCCAUCAAGGAUGUCUCUGAAAUCAGCCUCUGCAUCAAGUACUCGUUAUUUUUCGCCAAUUUCUUCUUUUGGCUUGCUGGAUGUGGUUGUAUCGCAGCUGGAAUCUGGGCCUGGAAUGACAGGGGGGCGCUAGGUAACCUGGACGCGUUCCUGUCCUCAUCUCCUCUGGUGGACCCUGUCUUGUGGUUCAUGGUGGUCGGUGGGAUCAUCUUCCUCCUGGCGACGUUUGGCUGCAUCGGCGCCCUCCGGGAGAACAUCAUUUUACUCAAAAUUUACAGUGGCCUUCUGGGGCUGAUCCUUUUGAUUGAAAUAGGAGGGGGCGUGGCCAUCUAUUUCUACAGAGCUGAGAUCGAGGAGAAGAUUGCUGAAUACUUGUCGGAAGUGGCCAUCAAAAACUACCGAUCCAACGAGGACUUUCAGGACAUUGUGGAUUCGUUACAAUCGGGGCUCUACUGUUGUGGAGUGAACAACUACAACGACUGGGACAUGAACAUCUACUUCAACUGCUCGGAGAAGAUGGUCGGUACGAACGCGAACGUCGAGGCAUGCGGAGUUCCCUUCUCCUGCUGUUUGCAGGACCCCGCGAGCGACGUGGUGAACACGCAGUGCGGCUACGGAGUUCGGGCCGACCGAACGAAAAGCCAGAUUGGGGAGGCUAUCUACACAACAGGUUGUCUGGACGCCUUCAAGACUUGGCUGACAACCAACCUGGUCGUCGUGGCUAUAGCUGCUGGGGUCAUCGUACUAGUUGAGGUCUUUGGAUUUUGUUUCUCCACAUCUCUAGUCAGCGACAUCAAACGCCAAAAGGCAAGAUGGCGACACUGAACACAAGAGGGCGUCAAACACGUGAACACCAGAGGGCGCCACACACAAACCAAGAGGGCGCCUGUCAUACACAAACACAAGAGGGCGCCACACACACAGACACAAGAGGGCGCUAGUCAUACACAAACGCAAGCGGGCGCCACACACACAAACACAAGAGGGCGCCAGACACACAAACAUGAACUCAAGAGGGCGCCAGACACACACCAAAAACACAGGCUUCCCAAACUCCAGCUCAUCAAACACUUUUCUAUCAUAAUUUGUGAGGGCAUUUAAUGUGCAAAGUACUUUUCUAUUUCAUUUUCAUGCUAGGAAUCUUGGAGGUUGAUCCUCUAUAGAUAAAAUUGUUGGAAAUUUUACCAUUCCUGUAAUCAAGGGAGUAAUGACAUUGUAAUGAAAUGAAUCGUUGAAGGGAAACUUUUAGAUGUACAUGUGGUUUGUUUUUUUACACGUAACAUUUACCGGUAUGUUCCAUGGUUGUUCUUUGCAUAUUUUUAACCAUGAAGCUUGCCCUGCCAUCAAUUCAGUGUGCGUCAAACUGUUGUGAUUGGCCAAUGAGCUGCAUUUCAAUAAGCCACACCCCUAAGCCAACAGCCACACCUCUAAGCCCAUGUCCACACCCCUUAGCCAACAGCCACACCCCUUACAUGUAGCUGUUGGCCACUGACAACCCAAGACUGUGAUUGGCUUAUAAGCUGCAUUUCAGUAAGCCACGCCCCUAAGCCAAAAGCCACACCCCUAAGCCAACAGCCACACCUCUAAGCCAAUAGCCACACCCCUAUACCAAUAGCAACACCCACUGGACAUAAAUUUGCAUAAUUCAUAGUUUAUCAAAUUUGUCAAGUACACGUACAUGUAGCGUCUAGUUUUUUAAUGUACAUGUAGAUUUAACAGAAGCACAAUAGUUAUGCUCUGCAAAUUUAAGACGUGGAUGAAUAACAGUUGAAAAUCAGAAAUUGUCCUGUCGUUAUUUUGUGUUUUUACUCAGUAUAUUAUCAAGUAAAAGUAUACUCAAUCUUUGGAUUAACAGGGCACUGUAAAAAAAAAACAUUGUUCACAGAAACUUUUGCCACAACAGAAAUAGGGUUUAUGGCUGGAGUAUUCAAAACAUACGUCAUUUUGACCGUUUUAUUUUUUUACGUUCUAAAUUCUGGUAUAGUAUUAAAGAGUUACAGGGUUAUUUUACCACAGCGUAGAUUUUUUUCAGUGAUAUACUCACUCGUCGUUUUUAUUAUAUGAAAGAUCUCAUUCCAUUUUACUCAGAAUUAAUCUUAAUAAAAGAUACGUGGGCUACAUUUCCAGAAAGAAGUAUUUCCGCAGUUCGGUGCGUUUUGUUUUAACUUUAGCAUAGAACGUGUAAAGUGUUUACAAACGGAUUGCGAAUGUGCAUGUAUUGGGACAUGUACAGUAUGCAAUGUGACUUACA